AUGCCGUCUGAGAUUCCUGGCCCGCCUGGUGUGCCCUUGUUGGGUAACAUCUUUGAUGUCAAUCCUAACGAAACCUGGAACUCUCUGAACAAAUUGGCAGCCGAAUAUGGACCGAUUUUCAAGAUCAGGCCAUUGGGCCAGCAGAUCGUCUUCAUCUGCAGCGUGGCUCUCCUCGAGGAAAUUUGCGACCAAACUCGAUUCCGCAAAGCCGUGGAAGGCCCGGUGAAAGAGAUUCGAUACUCGGUCCAUAAAAGUCUGUUUACAGCAGACGACGACGAUGAGCGCUGGGGCGUCGCUCACCAAAUUAUGAAGCCUUAUCUUACUCAAGAAGCGACCGACAGUUUGUACAGCGAUAUGAUGGAGGUUGUUCCCGAUCUGACCAAGAAGUGGAGUUCGGGUGUCAAGCAGCGCGUCAAGGCGAGUGAUGACCUUGAUCUGAUUCUGCUGGCAUCGUGUAUGCAGUGUUUCUUCAACCAACGUGUGCAUGUCCUGGGCGAGAACGAUGAGACUCGGAAAAAGGCCUGGAACAUGGUCCAGGCUUGGGAGGGGGCUACAAUGGAAGCGAUGAAGCGCCCGACCCGACCUAAGUUCCUGAAUAUGCUGUACCAGGGUCGUUUCUCGUCUCUUACUAAGACCAUGCGUACCUAUGCCGCCGAUAUUGUGAACAGCCGCAAGAAUAACCCCGAACAGGCACGCGAGGAUAUGCUUAAUGCACUGCUGAAUGGAGUGGAUCCUCAGACUAAGCAAAAGCUUAGGGACGCCGAGGUUCUGGACGAGAUCGUCACGAUCUUUAUUGGUGCAGCGACCGCUGCCAAUCUGUUAUCUUAUGCAGUUUACUACCUCAGCACCAACCCCGAAGAAUUGAAGAAGGGUCAAGCUGAAAUCGACUCUGUUGUUGGCGACGGUCCCCUGGAUCUUGCUCACUUGAAGCAGCUCAACUACGUCGAGGCCAUCCUUCGCGAAACCAUUCGUCUCUCUGCCACUGCACCAGGCUUCAACAUUGAGCCCAUCCCCUCCCAUGACAAAUCCCCUGUUCUCCUCGGCGGGGGUGAAUACCAGAUCCCUGCUGGCCAGGCCAUGAUUGCUAUCUUGAAUGCAGUCAACCGUGACCCGAAGGUAUUCGAAUACCCAGAAGAGUUCAAGCCCGAACAAGUACUUGGAGAGAAGUGGGACAAGUUGCCCGCGGGUGCUAAGAAGGGUUUCGGCAACGGCAAGCGUGAGUGUAUCGGUAAACUUUGGGCCUGGCAAUGGGCCUUCUUUACCUUGGCUAGCAUCCUGAAGGAUGUGACCUUUGAGCUGGAGGAUCCCAAUUACCAGCUUCAUGCCAACGGUGCCUUCAGCAUCAAACCCCUUAACAUGUACGUCCUCAUGAGUGGACGUCAGAAGUAG